UACUAAAAAGAUGGCUUCAUUUUACACUGGUUUAUUAGUUCUGUGUGUCUUGUCUGUCAUCGCAGAAAGCAGAGUUACUAGAACGAAGGAGUUCCCGUUACCACCUGAAGGGCUCUCUGUCGAGAUCUCUGUUAGCAGUAAGUCAGCAAGUCAUCCGUUCUCAUCAGUGAAAAUUGACAUCGACCAGCAGUCCAAGAGAGUGAUCGUGUCCAACGUUCGUAAUCAUUUGAAAAGACACAAAGGGCGCAAACACAAAACUACAACGGAAACAAGCAUUUUAGAAAAUCGUGGCGGUUUCCCGCAAGGCAAUUGUCCAGAUAUGUGGGAGUGGAAGUCUGAUAUGUGUCUACCUAUAGCCGACUACGACUAGCUGUUAUUUAAGGGCCAGUGUUGACGAGUUGUGAGA